AUGAACGAAGCUAGUAUGAAGAAUGACGAUGAGGGAUCUAGCAGCAGCUGCUGCUGCAACAACAAUCCGGGUUCAACUGCAGAGGUAGCCAGAUUGAAACGCAUGAUAAGUCAGAUGGAGGUUGAGAUCAAAGCCAACAGAGGGACGAUAUCUAGACUGGCUGCAGAAGCUGAGAAGCAGCAUCUGUCUGCAGUGGAUGGGUUGUCGCAAGUUCAACACUUCAUUAAAGAGAAAGAAGCGUUCGAAGUCGAAAAGCGGCAAGCAACAGACGAAUUUGAAAGAUUGAAGAUCGCUUUAUCAGAAACCGAAGCCAAACUUGCUGAUAGUCAGGCGAGGAUCGCCAAUUUAGAAAGAGAAUUAAGAGUGCGUGGACUUCAGAACGAAGAUUUCGUAAAUGUAAAGAGGAAUCACACAAAAUUUAAGAACAAAUUAAUUAAUUUAUUAUUUGAAAGUUGUGAGAACGUCGGUGAAGAUGGUGCAGUUGAUGAGGAAGGCAUCAUCAAGGAGAUCAUCGGCUUGAAAGACAGACAUAAAUCCAAUUUAGAAGAGAAGGAGACAUUAGUGACCAAAUACCAUCAGAAGACCUCGGAAGAAGUUGAGAGGUUGGAAGACGUAAUUAAGGAUCUUGAAAGAGAUUUCAUUGACUGUAGAAAUUCCGUUAUUAGGCUGGAACAAGAUAAACAAAAAUUCUUAGGCUUCAUCACCCAAUUAAAAUCGAUCGUUGGAAUAGCCGAAGCGGAUGUCGAUCUGGGAUUGGACAGGACACUUGAGGUCAUCUUGCUGAGAACCAAUCAGCUUUCGAGAAACGAAACGACAUCUUUGGCCGAGAAAAAAUCACAAGUGUACACUCUGCAAAGGAAAUUGAAAAGUUUGAACGAAAAUAUGGAUAGUAAGGUAGUCUUCAUUCCAAGGGCGGAUCCAGGAAGUUUGACUGGGGGGGGGGGCGAAAAUUUUUAA